AGCGUCCCUGACCACGUCCCUCAGAUCGUAGCAAAGGCCGACCCGGUCCCGUUGCACCCUCCCCCCGGCCUCCCCCCCCCCCCCCGGGCCAGAUCCACGCUCCCCCAGUGCACGGAACUUCCUCGACCUGCUCCCGGCAAUGCUGGAGUGUUGUGCAAAAUUGUGACCACACACAGGCCGUCCUUCCGGUUUGUUCUGCCACGAGAAUUUCACAGCCGCCUUUGCUCGGUCUAAAAUCAACUGCAAACGCGGAUGGAGGGCAUGGGAGCAGCCCCUGGCGCAUGCACGGCCCUCGCUGCUCAUAUCACAUGAAGGUCCGUUUGCCUGCAUCUGAUGACACGCGGUCGCGUUCACACGUGCUGGCCCUGCUUUAUGAAGGGGUGGCCAGCGACGUGCAUUUGCUAGAAUUGAGGUCGUCUCUCCUUAACGGACGCAGAGGCGCAGCAGAAUCGUGGCCUACGGGAUGCAUCAUUAGCAGAGGCGUUGAUGUGAAUUGCCACCACACUCAGACUGCCCUGGUCCAUCUGGGCCGAGCGGAAAUUCUCACGGUUGCUGGGGAGGGGAGGUGCGGGGAAGACUUGCCCCAGUAGUGACUAGGAUCGGACAACACACUCGCCGGUUGGGUCUUCUGAACUCAGCCAAGACAGCAGACCAAGCUGAGCCGCCACCAGCUCAAAAUCCAGCCACAAACCACAGAUUCUCUGCACAGUUAACAAGCCCAGCUGAGUUCGGAUGACACAGCAACCAUUUGAUAACAACCCACACUCAGCCCCUGGGUAUCGAUUGUCAGGUGUCUGAAGCUCCACUCCCCGUCCCUGCAGGAGCCCCAAAUACAGCAGAGCCCCUCCUGAUGCCUGGCACUGAUCUUUCUGGUGCCAGGCUGGAACCCUCCCCUGCUCCAGGGCUUCGGCUGUUUCUGCUCCAGCCACGGGGUAUGGCUGGGAUGCGUGUGUUCGCCCUGUCUGUGCUGGUGGAUCGGGCAUCGCACUGCUCCUCAGAGGUUUUCAGUCUUCGAGACCCACCCAGAGAGAGCGCCUUGGCCGCGGGGCAGAAUGGAACAGCGACAAAGUGGACUGCGGAGAGCUGCGUGUCGGCACGUCCGGCACCUGGAGUCCAGAGCUGCCCUUCACCCUGCAGAGCAGCGUCAAGGCAGCGAAGCGACUGCUGGAGGCUGGCAAGGGCUGGAGGUCAGAGAGAAGGGAUCCCAACCCGACAUGAGUUACAUCGUCCGUCCGUGGACCGCCAGAGACCUCAAGGAUGUGAUGCGGCUUAUCAAGGAAUCCGCAGCGUUUCACAAAGCUUUGGACCAAGUCAGAAUCACCCCGGAAGUUCUCCAAGCUGAUGCGUUCGAGAAGGAGGCAACCUUCGGGUGCCUGGUAGCUGAAGUGCCACCAGAGCACAAGAGCAAAGAGGGUCACACGAUUGUUGGCUACCAGUUCCACUAUCUGUCGUACUGCACCUGGGACGGGCCCAUUCUCUUUGGAGAGGAUCUCUAUGUGCUGCCAGAAUUCAGAGGCAGAGGGAUUGGGACCAGUUUACUGAAUAAAGUGGCAAAGAUUGCACUGGAGAGAAACUGUUUCCAGUUCCGCUUCGUCUCGGCCAAAUGGAACCAGGCCGCAACAGAUUUCUUCUCCAAGCUGGGCGCCGUGAACGUCACAAGCCAGAACUACUGGAACGUGCUCCACGUUGACGGGGAACAUGUCUGGAAACUGGCGGAGGAAGCCAGGCGGUCGCACCCCAAAUAGCACGCAGAUGCAGGUCCCCUUUCCAAGCCGGGAAUCUUGCCUCGUCACCCCGGCCCCCCACUCCAGGCUGCUGUAGACCCCAGUGGGUUUCUCCCCACUGGGCCCAGCUCAGCACCUUUGAGCCCCAGUUUUGUCUCCCUGAGUUGCACAUUUGGACUGUGCUCCCCUCCCAGGGACCCCAACAUGCCCCCUGGUUCCACCACCCUCUCCCCACCAGAGAAAUCCCAAUCUCCCGCCUCUUUAUCCCAUGUUGAAUUCUGAUAAAAGUUUGAAGCAGUAGUUUGAAACAGCAGAAGGAUCGCCUGCCCCAUCCCUCAUUCAGGGAA